AUGGCUGGAUAUUCCAUCACAGCCGCAGAAUGGGACCAUUUCAGCAGCAACACAUGGGCCAAAUCCCUCUUGACCGCUGCCAGCGCUGAGAACAGCGAAUAUGUCCCGGCGCUUACCAAGCGACGACAAAGCAAGCCGACGGACGAAGAUGGGUUCCUGGCGGGCACGCUCAGUACUCCUGAGACAUUACCAUUUUUUAUCACUCUGCGACGAAGAGACCUCAGCUCGGUGACAGCGGCUUUACCGCCCACGCCGCCCGCUGGCGCACUGGAGUACGACAAGAAACCGUUUACCCCCGAGAGACCGCCCGAUACGAUAACGAUAGUGUCGCUAGGGACGCCAGGCGUGAGCGGAAUCGUGGGAACAGCGCAUGGUGGGCUCAUCGCAACGCUGUUCGACGAGACCAUGGCGCUGGCCAGGGCUUUCCAUAAGCCCGCGUCUGGCGCAGAGGUCCUGCGCUCUGGACCAACUUAUACCGCACAGCUCACCGUACGCUAUCGGAAACCCGUGCGAGCCGCAGCAAUCCUGGUGAUUCACUCGUGGUGUAUUUCCCGUAAUGGGCAUAAAACCUGGACCAUCGCCCAGGCAGUGCAGGAGGACGAAGAUGUGAGUGGGCAUCUGAAAGGCAGCAAGGGCAAAACAAUCAAGGCAGAUGCGUCGGCGCUAUGGUUACUUGGGGGAGCGAAGCUGUAG